AUGAAACCGUCGCCUUUGCUUGAGAAGCUACUUAGAAAGCACAAAUUGGUGGGAAGCCCGCUAAGAGAAAUUGCAAUAGAGAACGAAACAAACGAGAGUGUUUACGCAAAGCUAAAGGAAAACCCAUUCUUCAAGGACAUAGAGGAGUGCGAGGCCAAAGGAAUUUACCUGUGCUAUGAUGAGCUAGUGGAGUACUCCAUGCCUACAUCGCAGAAUAUAGAUGCUACUUCGCAUGAAGAAGAGAUAAAAUACAUGGAAAGAGAGCUAAAGGCCAUAUUUAGAGAUGUUCUCAACUCAUUCUAUCUGGCAAAGAAAGACGAUAAAUACUACCUUCACAUUAAAUACAACGAAGAGCCAUCCUCCUUGGUGAUAGGCCCCCCAGCGAUCACAAAAAAACAGCCUGGGAGUAGUGAAGAAAUUGAAAGAUUCAGAGAAAUAUGGAACAAUAAGGUAGAGUACAGGAAGUUCCAGAGUGGAGAGAUUCGCCUGUGUUCUUCUCUAAACACAACUGCACAGGAUACAGUUAGGCAUAAAAUGCUUAGUAUGAUAUUUCAUAUUAAGACACUUCCAGAAAACCCAGCAAAGGCAGAAGAUGGAAAGCGGCGUGGAAGAAUUCUUACCCCAACUGUUGCGCUAGACUCAGUGACAAUAAAAUAUAUUGAGCUCAACAAAAAGAAAAGCCAUGACUCAAUUAUUAAGUCGCUUGAUAUUAUUCGGGAGUCCUUUCCUGUGAGUCUCUUGGAUUCAAUAUACACCGGAAGUUAUAAUAGAGGAACGCGUGCAAUAGCAGAAGACCGAUCUCAGAUAUACCUAAGGGUGGGAAGAGGGCACCUAUGGCCAGAAAAGGAUGAGUGCCUCUCUGAUGCCUCAAUAACUGCUCUAAAUGGAAUUCUUGGAAAGGCACUGGAGAGGCGAAAUAAGAUAGAGGGAAUAACACCCGACAAUACUCUGUUUUCCAGUGUGUUUGGGGAAAGCUUCGAGUUUAUCUUUGAUGUUCCAAUGGAAAUGGUAUGGCACCAAGAUAAAUACUAUCUAAUGAACUUUAGGAUUCAGUACGAAAGAUUCUUCAUGGAAAUUGCGCUUGCCCAGAAGGUGUUCCCAAAGCUUUGCGCUCUAGUUAAGACUCUUUUGCAUGCGCAUGGGAUAUACCCGCACUACAUAGGCAGCAAAGCCGUGGAGAUACUAUGCUACCGAACAGGAUACAAGGCAAAUACUCUAGCUGGCGGCUUGCGGGCAGUGCUCUCUACACAGUACUCAUAUGGGUACACGCUUGAUAUUCGCCCAGGAAAAAACAAAAUUCGUGCCAAAAGCACAGGAAAUAUAGAGGUAACGCAUAGAGAUGGUGUCUAUACAAUUAACCUGCCAAAUGAGAGAAUGUUCAACAAGAUCAACCAGGUAUUUAAAAAGGCUCUUCUAAUUAUGGAAAGCAUCCCAGGGGUUACCAGCACACACGAAAUAUCUUCCUCCUUUAAGGAAAUGUUUAUCCCAAGCGUGCAGGACAUAUCGUUCUCUCUCAGCCCAACGCAGAUGAAAGGGUACGAGGAGGUAUCCCACUACUCCAGUGCGCUUGGAGGUAGCUCUAACAAAGCAGCAGACGAAGUGCAUAUUAGCAAAAUUCUCCAUAGCAUGGGGUGCAUUCCGUACUUCUGCCGCUCAGGAGUAAUUCAUGUUAGUGUGGAUGAAAUGGAUUCUCUGGAUAUGAUUGUUGGAGCAUCACUUCUUCUGACAGGAAUGCGGUAUAUUAAUUUACGGGGCCAUCAAAUACAAGGAUGUAAAGAAAGAGUUGAAUAA